AUGGUUGGAAAUACAAAAGAGAAGGAGUGUGAAGAAAAGGACCCAAAGUGGGAUUGCCCUUUGGAUUGCCCUCCUAUUAAAAAUGUUACGCAUCCAUUGGUUGGUACUCUUUCCUUUGCAAUGAAAAUUAAAUUUUUAGCGGAAUCUCAAGAUAAUCUUUAUGAACAAUUUGCUAAACUUAUUCGUUUUUAUGAAUUCACACCAGAAGAAAUGAAAGCUUUAGAAGAAUGUGACAAAGAAAGUUUUUAUCAGCGUUGUUUACCCUUCAGCACAGUGUUUGCGGCACUAACAUACGUGGGGGUAAAAAAUGGCUUCCUGAAAAGAAGUCCACAUUUUGGUGCUGUGCCCAAAGUAUUGUUUGCGGCUUUCAUCGGACACAUCUAUGGACGUUUAUCGUAUAUCCCGAAUUGCGAAAUUAAGCUGCGUCACCUCCCUGACAAUAGUCACCUUGGCAAUGUUAUGCGAAAGUAUCAUUUAGAAAAUAACUCACCAAAAGAACCU